CCAACGGCCAACGCUUCCCAAAAACCUUAUAGUUUUUCCAGAAUUUGCGAUUCCUGAAGUCUCCUCCAUUCGUUUUCGCUCACAAAACUUAGUUCAAGCGUUGGUGUUCAAAUUUGUAACCCACUUUUGCACUUUAGCAAUUUCUGUGAGCAAUUGUUCUUCUAGUCAUUUGUCUGCAUGCCACAUGUUUGUUAAAAUGCCCAAGCGAUAGACCAUUGCCAAAAAGGAAAAACGAUUUAAGUCCCUCCACAUCUGAUUGCAGGAUUAAAUGUUUCGUAAAGAGGCCCAAGAAUUUUUUAAUCCUUAUCAUGGGAUGAUGGUAAAAUAUUGCAAUGGGUGCUUCAAACUGUACUCGAGUGAGAGUGGCUUUACAGAGCUACCUAGAAAACUGAAGAAAUCUGAGCGAAAACCAUUGGUGACGAAUGUUAAUGAACUUAAGCAAAGAGCCAGGUUGGAAAAGCAACAAAGGAGGCUUGUCCAAGAGGUUACUCUUAAUGCUCCUGAAAAUGGUUUAUUGGUUAAAUCACUAGUUCCAGUCGCUCAUCAUGUUUUAUCUACUAAAGCUGAAUUAUUGGCUUGUGCUAGGAGAGUUGCUGAUAGUAUUCCUAUUUAUUUCUGCAGCUUAUGUGGCGAAGUUCAUGUAGGUGGUACUCCUCAUAUGAUUAGAACAUGUGAUGUAAGUGGCAGUCAGAGCACUAAAGAGCACACUUGGGAGAGAGGGAAAGUCGAACAUCUACUACCUGUAGUAGACUCUUUUCAUUUAUAUGACAGAUUGGGGAGAGCUGUUUCGCAUGAUGAGCGGCUUCAAGUGGAUCGGAUUCCUGCAAUAGUUGAGUUAUGUAUUCAGGCUGGAGUGGACAUCCCCGAGCACCCGACAAGGAGGAGAGAGUAUCCUAUUUAUCGUGUUGCUGGCAGGUUGAUUGAUUUCGAAAAGAGAUUCCCAAAGGAUUAUUCAUCUGGAAAGGACAUCAGUGCCUUUGGAUUUUGGGAUACUCCAUUAAAGUCUGGUGGAGUUGAGAAAAAUUUGGAUUUGCUUUCUGAUGAUAUAAAAGGUUUUGCAGAGAAAGGCAUGGAAGCAUGGGAGAACAUGCGUUCAGGAGCCAUAAAAUUAAUGCAGAAAUAUGCAGUUCAAACAUGCGGAUAUUGUUCUGAGGUCCAAGUUGGGCCCAAGGGUCAUAGAGUGAGGCAAUGUCAGGCGUUCAAGCAUCAGAUGCGUGAUGGACAACAUGCUUGGCAAGAGGCAACAAUUGAUGAUGUUGUUCCUCCAGUAUAUGUUUGGCAUGUUCGAGAUCAUCAUCCUGUUGUACUUGUAGAUGCUUUGAAGAGGUACUAUGGAAAGUUGCCUGCUGUGGUGGAAUUGUUUGCACAAGCUGGAGCAAAAGUUGGAGAGAGUUACAAUGGUGUAAUGAGGGAAGAUGUUGUGGUUCCCGAAUUAGAUGAGGAAAAGCUGGUUGUCUGAGGCUGUAAAGCAGUGCUUAAAAACUGGUAGUUUCAUACAUCCCUGAACCAUCUGCUAGUGAGAUUGGAUAUUCUCAUAUCACAACCCUUUCUUGAACACCUAAUCAACUGUUCAGCGUUAGCCUAGAGUCUCUUCACUGAUGCAUUGCAAAGGAAAAGAGAAAGGAAUAGGUGGAAAGUAAUUGACAUAGAGUAUGAAUUUUUCAGUGCGGCAUUACUAAGCUUUCAAAAGGUGGAUAUAAAUUGUUUGUUCCUGUUAUGCCUGUCUCUUGGAAUUGCAGGAAUUAGGUAAUUCUGGCAUUCUCAGCUUUGAAUUUUAAGUCAACUUUCUCUUUGGAGUAAUUGUUGGAUGCAGCUUUGCCGCUGGUUCAAAGUCUAUGAAAGCAAUAUUGAUGAAUAAUGGAAAACCGCAUUGAAGCUGUUAUUUGAAGGUGGGUUUUCUGCAGCUUCUAGCAAGGUCCACACAUUGUCCUUAAAGAUUCAUUUAAGCUUUGGUAAAACAGGAUGUAACUUUUAGGCAUUUGUCAAUGCAUAUCUGGUUCGUGAUAGCUGUCUGCUGGUUAGGGUAUUUGUUUAUGCUGUCUAAUCUUGUCUGUUGUUAAUGCUCCAAUGACUUGCUAAUCUUCAGUUAGUUGAUAAUAACUUGCAAUGAAUCUUGCAACUAUUUGUCAUA